UUUAGCGCUGUGCGUGGAUUGGCUCUGGUUUAACGGAUAUUACGUAGCCAUACCGCAACAGCGAAUCAACAUGCGGAUCGUAUAUCGCGGGCUAUACUGGAAUCGGAAAUUAUCGUUGCUUUCCUUUCUUGUGUGGCAAAGCCGGCACGCAUACGUAUACAUUGGUCUCCAUAAGCACAGCCUUCAACGAGGAUAGAAGACCACUUGCUGCUGAGCCGUUUACGGUUGGUGCCUACAUACUAGUCCAGUGGACACGGGACGUUUAAUACGGCGAAAGCGCGGACACGAUGGCGGCGGUAGAGGGUUAUCAAAAUCAAGCGCAAUGCGAGACACAGAGCCAGCCGAAUCACCAAGAGCAGUGCUCGAGUCAGCAAAUGGAUCAACAGGACCAACAAAGUUCACACGGAAAUCAGCAGAUGCAUUCGCAGCAUCAGGACCAUCUUUUACAUCAGCAGCAACAGCAACAGUCCUCACACCCACAACCAACCGCCGGUAUCCCUGGCAAGGACGACGAACGCAAGCUUUUUGUUGGUGGUCUUUCUCGUAAUACCACAGAUAAAGAGCUGCGCGAACAUUUCAGCAAGUUUGGUGAAAUCGAGAGUAUUACCGUGAAGAUUGACCCGCACACCGGUAUUUCACGUGGUUUCGCCUUCAUGGUGUUCGCCAAUGCCAAGGCUAUCGAUAAGCUACUUGCGUCUGGGGAGCAUUAUAUCAAUAAACGCAAAGUGGACCCGAAACGAGUUAGUAAGAAACCCCAGCAUGGUAAAAUCUUUGUGGGUGGUCUUACUCCUGAAAUCACGGAUGAUGAUAUCAAAACAUAUUUUGGACAAUAUGGUACCAUUGUCGAAUUGCAAGCACCUUUUGACAAAGUUAAGAAUCAACGGAAAGGUUUCUGUUUCAUUACCUUCGACUCAAAGGAAGUAGUUUACAAACUAUUGAAGACACCCAAACAAACGAUAAAUGGUAAGGAAGUUGAUGUAAAAAAGGUCAAAGUUAAUCCGGAUCCAAGAAGCCAGGGUUUCUGGGCACCGGGUUAUGGCUAUGGUUAUGGUGGUGGAUAUGGAUAUAUUCCUGACUACAAUGGUUAUCAUGGGUACGAAGAUAUGUAUGCAAAUUAUGAUUAUGCUGGAUAUGAUGGUUAUGAUAAUAUGGGAUAUGCGCAACCUAAACCAAGAGGUAAUGGUCCAGGACCUCGUCAGUUUCAGAGACAUCAACCGUAUUAAACAUAAACAGGUACAUUGAAUCCUAUGCACUGUAUACCCGGUGAUAAGA